UUACACUUCAACAUGCAUUUUCUAAAAAUAGACUUUCAUCUACAUAGCCGAUCUAAGAAAAUAGGUUUCUUAAUCUGAUAUCCAACUCAUAGCCAAGAUUCCCAAAUUGCAUUCCAAAUAUCUGUCAUAUUUUUUUGAAACUAGAAUCCAAGUUAUUUUUUUAAAGUCUUUUUAAAGAUACGUGUUAGUUAUCUAUUGCUGUUUAGCACACUAGCCCAAAAAUCUAGUGGGUUAAAACAAUAAGAGAGGUUUAUUAUCUCAGGAAUUUGAGGACAGUUUGGCUGAGGAUUCAAUCUCUGAUCUCUUCUAAGGCUGCAGUCAAGAUAUUGGUGGGGGUUGUAGUCAGGCAGACUUCACUGGGCUAAAAGUUCUGCUUUCACCGAAAUUGCUCACGCACACUGGUAUAUGGAUGGUAAAUUGCUGGCUUUUGGCAGGAGGCUUCAAUCUCUUAACAUAUGGUGCUUUUCAUAGAGCUGCUUGAAGACAGAUGCUUCCCCAGGGCAUCGACACAAAACUGUAGAGCAGAGGCUGCCGUGUCUUCCAUGACUGAAGAGUCUGUGGGGCUACAGUCAGUCCUCUCUAAAGGUAGUGGGAGGGAGUGUACAAUCAGGAACGCCAAGAGCACCCUUUGGAUUGGUCCUUCUGUCUCUCACCAUCCGUGACGCUAACUCUGAAAAGAGGGCAAAUCAGCUGGCCUGUAGAUUGUUCCAUAUUCUGGAAGUGUCUGGAUGUUCCUUCCUGUUGUGAUUUGACUUGUUCCACUCUCCUCUGUACUUUCCUAACCCAGAAAUUCACCUAGGCUUGACCGCGUUGAAGUUAAGGUGCCUGAGAGAGCAAAGAAAGCCCUUUAACUGAAAAUCUAUGGGGAUCUGUGGUAGCUUCAUGUGUCCGUGGGGAAAACCUGGGUGACAACAAGGAAAGUCUCCAGGGCCUGCGUGGAGGGAACAAGAGCACACAGCUGUCUCCGCCGCAUGGCUCCAGGCUGCACGUGGAUAAGGGAAGCGCGUUCUACACCACACGCCGAAGAUGUACUCCUGCACACCAACAGUCUCCAGGUUUUGCACAGCGUCGGAGAGCGUAGAGCUAGCCCGGGGGCGUGGAGAAAGGCGUGGUCACAUCUGACCACGCCCUCGGAGGCGGAGCAGCGGCGGUGGCGCCAAAUCUCAAACAUGGCGCCGGAGCGGGUGCGGAGCCGGGCUCUCUCGGCCUUCAAGCUACGCGGCUUGCUGCUGCGAGGAGAAGCUAUUAAGUACCUCACAGAAGCUCUGCAGUCUGUCAAUGAAUUAGAGCUUGAAGAUACCCUGGAAAAGAUCAUCGAUGCAGUGGAAAAGCAGCCUUUGUCAUCAAACAUGAUUGAACGAUCUGCAGUGGAAACUGCGGUCCAGGAAUGCAGUCGGUCAGCUGAGGAAACUAUAGAGCAUAUUUUCAAUAUCAUAGGAGCUUUUGAUGUUCCACGCUUCGUGUACCAUUCAGGAAGAAAAAAAUUUCUCCCUCUGUUAAUGACCAACCACCCUGAACCAAAUUUAUUUGGAACAGCAAGAGACAAAGCAGAGCUGUACCGCGAACGAUACACCAUUUUACAUCAGAGGACCCACAGACAUGAAUUAUUUACUCCGCCAGUGGUUGGUUCUCACCCUGAUGCAAUGGGAAGCAAAUUCCAGCUUAAAACAAUAGAAAGUUUACUGGGCAGUACAACCAAGAUCGGAGAUGUGAUUGUGCUUGGAAUGAUAACCCAGUUAAAAGAGGGGAAAUUUUUUUUGGAAGAUCCUACUGGAACAGUACAACUAGAUCUUAGUAAAGCUCAGUUCCAUAGUGGUUUGUACACAGAGGCGUGCUUUGUCUUGGCAGAAGGAUGGUUUGAAGAUCAAGUGUUUCAUGUCAAUGCUUUUGGGUUUCCACCCACUGAACCCUCCAGUACUACCAGGGCAUACUAUGGAAAUAUUAAUUUUUUUGGAGGGCCUUUCAAUACAUCUGUAAAGACUUCUGCAAAACUAAAACAACUUGAAGAUGAAAAUAAAGAUGCCAUGUUUGUGUUUAUAUCUGACGUCUGGUUGGACCAAGUAGAAGUGUUGGAAAAACUUCACACAAUGUUUUCUGGUUAUUCACCAGCACCUCCAACAUGCUUUAUUCUGUGUGGUAACUUUUCAUCAGCACCAUAUGGGAAAAAUCAAGUUCAGGCUUUGAAAGAUUCCCUAAAGACUUUGGCAGACAUAAUAUGUGAACAUCCAAAUAUUCACCAAAGUAGUCGUUUUGUGUUUGUACCUGGUCCAGAGGAUCCUGGAUUUGGUUCCAUCUUACCAAGGCCACCACUUGCUGAAAGCAUCACUAAUGAAUUCAGACAAAGGGUCCCGUACUCAGUCUUUACUACUAACCCUUGCAGAAUUCAGUAUUGUACACAAGAAAUUAUUGUCUUUCGUGAAGAUUUAGUGAAUAAAAUGUGCAGAAACUGUGUCCAUUUUCCUAGUAGCAAUUUGGAUAUUCCUAAUCAUUUCGCAAAGACGGUCAUUUCACAAGGUCACCUGACUCCCCUGCCUCUCUACGUGUGCCCGGUGUACUGGGCAUAUGACUACACUUUGAGAGUGUACCCUGUGCCGGAUCUGCUCGUGAUUGCCGACAAAUACGAUCCUUUCACCGUGACCAACACCGACUGCCUCUGCAUAAACCCUGGCUCUUUUCCAAGAAGUGGAUUUUCAUUCAAGGUUUUUUACCCUUCCAACAAGACAGUAGAAGAUAGCAAACUUCAAGGCUUUUGAUUCUUCAAGGCCAUCUGAAGAAAAAAAUUGAUGUUUUCUACUUUAUUUUAUAUCUUUAUAUAACUCUGAUAUUGUUAUAAUAAAAUUAUAGUAACUUCAGUGUUAAA